GCCCCCCAGUGGAAAUGAUCACGCACUUCAGUAAACGUGGACCACAACACACAGGACUCAGGAGAGUAACCUGAUUUAUACUAACAUCCGUUUUACUGGAUUCACAGAGAGUCCUCGGAGUUCUGCUGAAGUUCUGAAUCCGGAUUACAGGAUUUAAAGUUUCUGUGGUGGUUUGUAGUGAACAGGGACUCUGUCUGCCGUCAGAAGGGGGACCGUUAGAGACUGGAGUGUGUCUGUAGACUCUGGAGCCAUGAAUCCGCCUCACAUGCGCCCAAAGCUGAGUCUAACCUGACCCAGAGCAGCAGGACCGGAGACAAAGGGCUUCCUCUCCCCGCCUCCAGGUUCGGGUCUCUCAGAGUCUCUGCUGUCAACACGUCUGUGCAAGAAGAUGCUCGUUUCCUGUUUCCUCUGCACCUUCAGACCAAAUCCGCUUCAUCUGGUUUCUUCUGAUUCAGGACUCAGAGCCAUGUUCAUUCAGCAGACCUGUCACAUCUCUCGCCUGGAAUGACAUCACCCAAGGCUCUGAGGGACUGGACCCGGGUCACCUGCUCCAGCUACCCCGACCUGGAGAUCAAGAACAUGUCCACCUCGUUCAGAGACGGACUCGUGUUCUGUGCGAUCAUCCACAGACACAGACCGGACCUGCUAGAUUUCAGCUCGCUCUCCAAAGAUAACGUUUAUCAGAAUAACAAACUGGCGUUUGAGGUCGCUGAAACAAAGCUGGGGAUCCCUGCGCUGCUGGACCCGAACGACAUGGAGUCCAGCAGAGUGCCUGACUGUUUGAGCAUCAUCACGUAUCUCUCCCAGUAUUAUCACUUCUUCAACAGGAAGUCCUACGCAGGUCCUGUGAGUUUGAAGCCAUCACAUGUCUCCCUCCUAAACAGCCUCACCAAGAGUAAAUCCCCCGCUGGUCUGAAGCCCCGUAAGAGCUUGGCUGAUCUGAAAACCUGCAGAGAGGACUGCUUGUCCAGCACUCGACCCCGGACCGUGUGCACUCUGUGUUUUAAGCCGGUCCACCUCAUUCAGAGACACCUGAUAGACGGGAAGGUCUACCACCGCAGCUGCUUCAGGUGUAAGGUGUGUCACAGCGCUCUGUUAGUGGGGUCAUACUCACAGGAGAGUGAGGCCGGGUUCUUGCUCUGCACGCAUCACACAGCCGACAGUAAGAGAGCGUGUGUUGACCUCGGCCAGCAGAGAGGACGUUCAGAGGAUCCGCUCAGGUGUAAGUUCGAGGAGGGUUACUUUUCUCUGGGGGGAUCACGGAUCAGCAGCGUCCCUCAUUAUACUGAAACAACAGAGUCAGAGGACGGACUGGUUCCAGAGACCGAGGGGAGCAGAGAGCUGACAGACAGAGACGACAGACUCUUUGCUGCUGGGCUGAAGAGCAAGGUGAAGAAGCCGGCGCGUCAUCAUCUUCCUCCGAUCUCUAGUCAGCACCGUGCAGCAGGUGAGGCUGGACCUGCAGACACUCCAGACCUCUCCGAGUCCUCGUCACCUCCAGGAGAAGCUGCAGACAGGUGUCGACCCGUCCCAGCACCCAGGCGAAUGUUGGACCCAGCUGCAGGACCGAGAGCAGGAAAUGCCAGAGACCCAAAUAAAAGCUCACCUUCUUCAUCACAAGCCUCCAGCAGUGGAAGCCCCAAAGUCAGAUCCAACCAUCCAUGGCUGACCAUCGUCCACCCAGGACCCUGGACACAACUCCCCCCGGCUCCGGCUCCCAUACCGGCUCCCCGAACCAAAUUCAGCUUGAGGUACCGACCCAGAGUUAUUCCCCCGAAUCCAUUUGCAGAGGACAUGAAAGAGGACGCCGUGGACCAGGGACCACCGAGAACUGUCCCUCUCAACCCGUUUGCAGAUGAUAUGGAAGAGGACAACGUGAAUCAGGGUCUGUCCAAAACUGUUCCUCUCAACCCGUUUGCAGAAGACAUGGACGAGGUGGACGAGAGCUUAGCUGGACUUGCUCCUCUGAAUCCGUUUGCUGAGGACCUGGAUGUUGACUCUGUGGUCGAAAGCACGAAACCAGCUGCUGCAGACCAAAGGAAGCCUUCAGUGGCAGCCGGAUCGUCAGGGAGCAGCAGUGUGUCAGAUAAACCAGAGAACAGGGAUGCUGUGGUCUGCUCUGAGCACACCGAAGAUGUCUCCUCCCCUUCUGUGACAUCAGACCCUCAGGAGGCCGCAGAGGAAGCGCUCGCCGUGACCCUCGCCGUGACUCUCGCCGUGCAGACUUCAAGUCAGCCGGUGGGAGACGUGAGUGAAGGGGGCGUGACCGUCCAGCAGGAACCAGGUAACAUGGGAGGGUCUCUGCAGAACGUGACUGAAGCAGCAGCGGCGUGGCCGCGUGAAGCUCCAGAGGAAGCUCAGGUUUAUAUUUUACCCAGAAGUCUCUCUGUUCCGGCGAUCACGCAGACACGCUGUCACAGCUCCUCGCUGCCUGUGGACUUGGAUGAGGCUCGUGGAUACGAUCAGGUGUCGUCGUCUGAGAGUAAGCUGUCCUGCAAAGAGAAUCCGUUUGAUCGAAAGUCUGCGAUGCCCAAAUCAAAGACCUUCCAGUCCCUCUCCUCCAGACGAGGCCCCGCCCCCGGACACGGAUUCCCCCUCAUCAGGAGGAAGGUGCAGACGGAUCAGGACGUUUCCACAGACGACCUGAGGGGGGAGAUGAGAGAGCUGGACAAACACCUGCAGACGCUGGAGCAGAGAGGAGUCCAGCUGGAGAGGAAUCUGAGAGACGGAAAGAACGAUAAAGAGGAGGAGCAGAUGCUGAUGGAGUGGUUCUCUCUGGUCCAUGAGAGGAACGUUUUAGUGCGCAGAGACACAGAGCUGGUUUACCUGACGAAGCAGCAGAAGUUAGAGGAGAGACAGGCUGAUGUGGAGUAUCAGCUCAGGUGUCUCCUGAAUAAACCAGAGGGCGACUGGAGCGAACAAGAGCGAGGUCAGGAGCAGCAGCUGAUGGACGAGCUGGUCACCGUCAUCGAGGAGAGGAACCAGAUCAUCAGCAGCUUGGAUCAGGACCGGCUGAGGGAGAGAGAGGAGGACAUGCUGUUAGAAACCGUGAUGAAGGACAAAGAGCUCCAGAAAGAAGGACUGAAGGACCUGAAGAAGUCAAAAGGAAAGUUCAAACCAAUUAAAGUUUUUAAGUUGUUGAACCAUAAAGCAGACGAGUCCAAAGACAACGUGAAGAGCUGAAGAUCUCUCACGACCACAGAGACCCUGAGUCAUCAAGAUGCAGCUGACGUGAGACGAUGAAGACGAUGAAGACGAUGAAGACGAUGAAGACGAUGAAGACGAUGAAGACGAUGAAGAUGAUCAGAGAGACGUUUUUUAGUUUCAUGUUGAAAUGCAGCUCGGCAGCUGAGACAGAAUACUUGUUCUCCCCUGGGUUUCUUCACCCGUCCUGUCUCCUGUACACAGUCAAUAUUUAUAUUUUAUACUGUUUCUUACUCUGAGAUAACGUACGCUAAAAUAUGUUUCAAAGCUGUACACCUGUUUUUGAAGGAGGAUUGUUCAUUCUGUAAAUAAAGUUUUUAUCUCCAGCUUGUUUAUUUACGAUGUUGAGUCAGUAGAAACAAACUUCAUCUGUGUUUCAUAAUAAAGAAAAGGUUCACAGCUACAGACCCAAA